AUGGCCCGCUCAGACGCAGAAGAAAUGGUGUACUCAAACUCAGACACCAUGGUCGACGUUUUCAAAGGCGCCAUCCAGGGACGCAUGAUCCACCAUCCCUCACGCUCUUUUGCACUCGAGAUCACUCUCGACCUUGUUAAAGGUGCUGAUUUCUUUUCUCACAAACCACCGCUACAUUUCCAUAUACAGGAAGAGUAUAUUGAGUCGAUUCAGGGCAAGAUGUGUCUGGAGCUCGAUGGCAAGGUGCACAUACUGUCAGCAGGCGACGGGCCCAUGAGCAUCAAGCCUUAUGUGAACCAUCGGUCGUACCCGGCGUCGCUGGCGGACCAGGACGAUGAUGAGACUGUGGUGAAGUUUUUGCUUUCGGGUGAGAAGACUGACAGUGUUUUUGAGCUCAAUCCUGUCUUCUUCGAGAACUGGUACAAGUACCAGGACGAUGUUGUGGUAAAUGGCGCAAAGAUCUCCCUGAUACAACUCUUUAGUACAUUUGAUGCCGGUGGUACUUAUGUUUCGUUUCCUUGGUGGGUGCCUUUCGGUCAGACAGUGUCGCAGAUAUUAGGCGUCGUAGUUGGAAGAUGGGUUGGCAGCAUGCUUGGAUAUCAGCCGUUCCACCGCAAGUGGACUACAGACUGGGAUCUGGCUUGCCAGAAGAUGGAAUCAUCCUUCUUCCAGAGACGUUUCGCAGACAGGGUGGAAACUAUCUAA